UUAUUUCAAACGUCCAGUGAAUGGGGUUGUGAAUUUAGACGAGCUUUCUACGUGAGGAAUCUGUGAUAUCUGUAUCACGUGACGUCACACAAGCCCUAGCAACCACAGCAAGAGUUUCGGUUUACCAUAGCAACCAUGGAGGGUGAGCUUUCGUUGACGGAAGAAAAAGGGAAAGAGGUCACCCAGGAACAAAGAGAACUCUACUACAAAAAAGUGGACGAGUUAAAAUGUUCCAAUGCAGCCCUCCUGGAAGAGAUCGACAUGUUGGAACGAUUCAUCCGUCGCAUUGAUCCUCAGGACCUGGUUCCCAAUGCUGGGGGAGACGGCCUGGGGGCGGCCGGAGCCUCCAACCUGGAGGCUGGGGUUGGUGGGGAGAGGCGGAUGUCCCGCUCCAACAUGCCAGAACCUCUCCAGCAGCUGACCUUGAAACAAAAGCUCUAUGUGGCCCAGAGAGAAGUAAUGGAGACCCGAGCAGACCUGGAGAAAGCCCGGCGGAGAAAUGAGAGAAUUCAGGACCACUACAAGGCCUCUCUGGAAGAAGCAGAAUGGCAUCUUGCAGAUAUCAGGAAGGCCAAGAAAAAGUUUGAAAGUAAAGUGCUCGAACCCCUGCAGGACAAGAGAUUGGAAAUAAAGGAGCCUGAGAAGGUGCUUCGGUACAUAAAAGACAAGUCAAAGGUCACCCAAAUGGAGAAGUUUAAUCUAAAGAACCGGACACUGCAGACCUAUAAGAAAAAGCUCCAGCAGCAGCUCCAACAGAAGAAAGAGGCGGGAAAAGCAGAGUACGAGGACUUUUUCCAGGAAUACCACGAGCAGCAAAUUAACAACAACUUGGAGGAACUUGCAGCCAACAAUUCAAAAGCACUCCGUGUCCUUGGCUCACACAAGGAGAAGCUGCAGAGUGUGACAGCGGAGGCUGCACAGCUGAGCGAUGACAUCGCCAACAGGAAGCAGCUGCUGGUGAAAAUCGAGGAGAAGCUGCAGCACGCUGAGGAAGAGCGCUGUAAAGCAGAGGCCCUCAACAAACACCUGCGCCGCCAGGCGAGGGAUUAUCAGGCUCCUGACAUCCCGGAGUACCUGCACGUCAAAGACAAACACAAGAAGCUGCAGCGGAGCCUUCGCACAUGGGAGAGGACGUCUGGGAUCACCGAGUUGGCCUUGAAGGCCGACAGUAAAGCCCGGAGCGCACAAAGCACCACUCUUGCUCCUGCAGGCGGAGCCGGGGCGGGACAUCAAACUGGGGAGCAACGCGUCUCCCUCAAGCUCCCACACAUAGCAGAAAACGACAAGGCGAAAAAAAGCGAACUGGAACGCCUCCUGGGGUCAUAAAAGGUGACCCAGCAGUGUGUGGCAGAACAACACUUUGAUUCUGUUACACAAUAUUACAGCCCACAAAGCUUCGGAUUUGUUUGGUCAUUGUUGCCUUGAAGCUUUAAUCCUUAUCAUGUCUUAGUUUUUUUGCCACUUAAAAGCAUGUUUUUGGGAGAUAUUUGAACAGGCACCAUAAUGAAGAAAUUACGUAUCAGUUUCUGUCAAAUGUGUGUCGAACCAGCUAUCACUGAAUACAUCUUUAUGUGCACUAUUUUUUUUUUUUACAUCAAGUCAAUGUUAUUUCUUGAGUAUUUGCACUUUUCAUUUGGAAUUAAAAAAUCCUUCAACUAUUAAAUGAAUCUUUUCUGGUCUUCUAUAUUUUCUCUGACCGAACUGCAGAACCUACAUCUGAACGUGGUAGAUGAAUGUACCAGAUAAUUGGAUUAAAUGAUCAAACUAGCUUUUUGU